AUGUGGAAAGUGCUGAAGAAGAUGACAGAGUGUACGAAAAGCGCGGUCAUGCUAGACGGAGAACUGUCGAAAUUGCUCAACAUUGAACAGGGGGUCCAACAAGGUUGCCCUCUGUCCCCAACGUUGUUCCAGAUGUCCAUCAACGAUCGGUUGAAAGUCGUAGAAGCUGUCAGGAAGGGAGUAGAACCCGACGACGACAUGCGAGGCGCACAAGACCGAGGCGUGCCGGACAGCUUAGACCCCUGCGCGAGAUGUGAAGAAGCGGUCAGGUUCAUGGAGUACGGGAACAACCAGUUUUCCGGGUGCACCAGCCACCCUCUGUGCAAGGCGACCAGAAAGACCCUCAAGAACGGCGCGGUGGUCGAACUCAUAUAAUACUGUUUGCGGAUGACUUUGUUGGGAUGUCU